AUGUCUUCUCAACAAGCAACGCCGCAGCGUACUUCCCCGAUGGCGCUAUUUAACGAUCGUACGAAAUCCUACAUAAAUGUGUGCGCGCCAAUGGUGAGGUAUAGUAAAUUGCCAUUCCGAGAACUGAUCAGGAAUUAUAAAGUAGACUUGGCAUACACGCCGAUGAUCUUGGCAAAAGAAUUUAAGAAUUCGGGGGUGGCAAGGGAUUCUGAUUUCACCACGAAUCGAAGCGACACGUCAUUGAUCAUACAAUUUGCGAGUAAUGAUGGGGUGGAAUUGUUGAGGGCGGUGGAAUUCGUGGUUGGAUAUGUCGAUGGAAUUGACAUAAAUUGCGGUUGCCCUCAAAAAUGGGCAAUCAACGAAGGCAUCGGUGUCCAUCUGAUGGAGAAUCCAGAGACCGUUAGAGACAUGAUUAGAACGAUCAAAGGUGGUGGUUUAAAUAUUCCAAUUUCUAUCAAGAUCCGGAUUCAUAAUGAUUUGCGCAAGACCGUGGACUUUACAAAACGCGCCGAGUCAAUAGGAUUGGAUUUCAUUGCAAUUCAUGGUAGAACGCGUCGUCAAAAAUCCACCUCACCCGUUAACAUCCCUGCGAUAAAAUUAUGCAAGGAAUCAUUAAACAUCCCGAUAAUAGCUAAUGGAGACAUAUUUUCCCUGACGGAUGCGGAAAAAUUAUAUGAGAGUACCAAGUGUGAUGGUGUGAUGAGCGCGCGAGGUUUGUUGAAGAAUCCGGCACUUUUCGCUGGGUUCGAGAGUACACCUUGGGAGUGUAUAAGAAAGUUUGUCGAAUUAUCUCUGAACUAUGGAACCAAUCAUUUCAUUUUUCAUCAUCAUUUGAUGUACAUGUUCGAAGAUGUUAUGAGCAAUGCUGAGCGAAAAACUUUUAACACGUUAACCAGUAUACCUGCAAUCGUCGAUCAUUUGGAGGAACAUUAUGGAUUAGACUUAUAG